CCGUGAGCAUCGGUGCUCUUACUAUAAUACAACCGCCGGGAUCCUCUCCUGUCAGACGCAUUCUCUCCUCUCCGUCCGUCAAUCCAUCUGUCCAUCGAUCCAUCGAUCCAUCAAUCUGUCAAUCUGUCUAUCUAUCAAUUUUUCUCUUGGAUGAGCGUGGAGAGUCAACAACCAAGAAUCCGGGAAGAAGACUAUGAGAGGACCGCUCCGUCGGGUAUCUGUCGCUUCUCUUCAUCGCCGUGAUGGAUGGCCUCGGACGUGGGCAUAAUAACCAUGCCUCUGUCCCACCGUCUACUAGGGACCUGCCCAGGAUCCCUCAACGAGCAACUUCCACGCCAACUGCGGGGACAGCAAAUGUCUCGAUGACUUCUGCCGGUGCUGCCGCUGCUGCUGCUGCUACGGCUGCCGGAGCUACGACGACCCCAACGACUCCGCUACCAGCCAGGCAGCACCGCUCCUCGUCCGUCUUCCGUCCUCGUCGGUCUGAUGACUGGCAAGAUUUCCGGGCCAUCAUCGAGCAGCUGUACCGGAACGACCAGCUCAAGCUGCGGGAUGUCAAGAGGAUCAUGGAGCGGGAUUACAACUUUGUUGCCUCGGAAAAGCAGUACAAGGACCGUCUCGCUGCCUGGCAUGUUCGCAAGAACAUCAAGGCCAAGGAAGUCCAGCUCAUGAUCCGCAAGCAGCAGAAGCGUGCCGCCAGGGGCAAGCAGACGGCCUUCCGAGUUGGCGGGCAAGAAGUCGACUCGAAACGCAUCCAGCGUUUCAUGCGGCGAUAUGGCCCCUCGUGGGAGGUUGAGCGUCGUGAUCCUCCUCUGAUGAGUCCGGAGCCGGCAACCCCCUCCGAUAUGUCUUGCUACACUCCCGAACCGGAGGACAGAUAUGAUCCCCCAGAGGAUACGGAGACCGCAUCUCCCGAUGCAGAUCAACAUACCACCGAGAUUGAUUCCAGCCCCGUCACGGAGGAACCCCUACCGGAGAGGGCCCUUAACACCACCACUACCACCACCGCCACCAUCAUCACCACCUCCCAUCAUCCCCAAGCCGCAAUUCAAACCCAACCCCAACCUCACCUGCAGCCUCAGGCCCAACACCGACCUCAGCCUCCAGUCCAGCCUUCAGCCUUAACACAUUCCAUCGUUACUUCCCAUCCCGCUCAGUACAUGCCCAAGCCCAUCGAGGAAGAUUAUGACAUGCAAAACUGGGAGAACCUUGCCACCUUCCAGGAGAAGCUGCUUCAGCUUACUAGAACCAUGGAUCAAGACCUAAGCGAGUAUCAAACUCCAGAUGAGUACGAAUGAUCCUUGCUUCACCCAUUUUUCUUUCCCUGCAUUUGCUCUCUCUAAUAUAUCCACGUGUGCCACGCGAUGUAAUGAUCCGAUUGGAAAAGCAAGCGAUUUCUUUUCUCCCUCCUCCUCUUUUCUUUUCUUUUUGUUCUUUUCUUCAUUUCUCCUCUUUCAGCAGAUUCUCUUGUAUAUUUGGA